AUGGGCAGACUCGACAGCAAAGUCGCAAUCGUAACCGGCGCAGGCUCAGGUUUCGGUGCCGGCAUCGCCCUCCGCUAUGCCGCCGAAGGCUGUAAAGUCCUCGUCUGUGACAUCAACGAGGCAGGUGCCCAGGCCACCGCCGCGAAAGAUGCCGCCAACCUCGCUGCCUUCAAGAUGGACGUGACAAAGCGAGCAGACUGGGAAGCUACCAUGGCCGUCGUGAAGGAGAAGUACGGGCGCUGUGACAUCCUGAUAAACAACGCGGGUUGGAGUUACGUGAACAAGGCGACGCUCGACGUCACAGAAGAGGAAUUUGAGAGGGUGUUUGAUGUCAAUGUGAAGGGGGUCUAUUUGGGGUGCCAGGCGUGGGUAGGACAGGCGAUUGAGAGGAAGCAAGGGGGUGUGAUUAUUAACAUCGCGAGUGUCGGGGCUACGAGACCGAGGCCGGGGUUGGUAUGGUAUAACGCGUCAAAGGGCGCAGUGUGGAAUGCGACAAAGGGACUUGCAGCUGAAUAUGGACCGCAUCAGAUCCGGGUCAACUCUAUUUGUCCGCUCGUCACUGGGACAGGCCUCUUCUCUGCGUUCACAGGAAUGGAGGAUACGCCUGAGAACCGGUCAAAGUUCAUUGGCAACGUACCAAUGGGUAGGAUUGGAGAGGUCGAGGAUGUUGUGAAUGCCUGUGUCUUCAUGGCGAGUGACGAAGCGAGGUUCAUCACAGGAACCAAUCUGGAAGUUGAUGGUGGGCGAUGCAUAUGA